CACCCUGUGACGUCAGGGCUGGAUUCUGGGAGAGCCGGAAGUGUUCCGGACGGACUCGUCGUUGGUCCUCAGCUGAAACCGGAGCCGGGAGCGGAGCGUGGACACCGGGGACCCAGCAGAGACUCACCGAGCCCUCCGACCGGAGCUUCAGUCGACGUGGACGUUGUUGUGACGGAGCCUCACCGAAGAUGUGGAAGGCAUCAGCUGGACAGUCGGUCAAUGUGGCGGUGGAUGACGGAGGGGAAGACUGGGAGACGGACCCUGACUUUGAGAAUGACGUGUCGGAGAAGGAGCAGCGCUGGGGCGCCAAGACGGUGGCCGGUUCAGGACAUCAGGAGCACAUCGAUAUCCACCGGCUGCGUGAGACGGUGUCCACGGAACACACCAGCCUGAAGCAGAAGGAGCUGGACACCAUGCCCAGGGCCUCGCACGGAUACGGGGGCAAGUUUGGAGUGCAGCAGGAUCGCAUGGACAAG